UGAUAUGUUCGGCACUCGACGGCGGUGCUGCGAGCUGCUCGUCCUCCACUGCCGAAGCUUCACGGCGUUAAUGGCGGCCGCUCCCAGAAGCCCUAGCAGCGUCCCUGCCUUCUCCACCGGAUCCCCGACCCCAACCCCCAAGCGCCUCGGCACCCACAACGGCACCUUCCAUUGCGACGAGGCCCUCGGUUGCUUCAUGAUCCGCCUCACCUCCAAGUUCGCCGGCUCUGACAUCAUCCGCACACGCGAUUCCAAGGUUUUGGAAACAUUGGAUGCUGUGCUUGAUGUGGGUGGUGUGUAUGAUCCUAGCCAUGAUCGUUAUGAUCAUCAUCAGAAAGGCUUCAGUGAAGUCUUUGGGCAUGGAUUCAUCACCAAGCUGAGUAGUGCUGGACUUGUCUACAAGCAUUAUGGUAAGGAAAUCAUUGCAAAGGAGCUUCAGCUUGAUGAGGGACAUGAAAAUGUACAGCGCUUAUAUCUUGCUGUGUAUAAAAGUUUUAUUGAGGCAAUUGAUGCCAUUGACAAUGGGAUAAGUCGGUAUGAUACUGAUCAACCCCCUAAAUAUGUUAAUGCCACUGACUUGUCUUCUCGAGUUGGCCAUCUUAAUUUGGACUGGAUGGAUCCUGAUCAAUCUGCUGAGAAGGAAAAUGCAGCCUUUGAAAAGGCUAUGAUGCUUGCUGGCAGUGAAUUUUUAGAGAGUAUUCAUUUUCAUGUUAAGUCAUGGCUGCCUGCACGAUCCAUAGUUAUUCAAUGCCUGAGUUCACGAGGAGAUAUUGAUUCCAGUGGUGAAAUCAUGCUUUUGAAUCAAUUUUGUCCUUGGAAACUGCAUCUAUUUGAACUUGAAGAGGAGUUGAAGAUCAAUCCUCCUACCAAAUAUGUCAUUUAUCAGGAUGAUAGGGGUAAAAGUUGGCGAGUGCAAGCGGUGGCAACAUCUCCAAGCAGUUUUGAGAGCCGAAAGGCUCUUCCCUUACCUUGGAGGGGCCUGAGAGAUGAUGAACUAUCAAGGGAAUCUGGUAUUCCUGGUUGUGUUUUUGUUCACAUGAGUGGAUUUAUUGGUGGAAACCAAACGUAUGAUGGGGCCUUGGCGAUGGCAAGGGCUGCUCUCAAAUUUUGACUUUACUAAAUAAAGCAAGUGCCUGAAGAGUUUGAGCAACACUUUUGGAUUAUUUCUUUUUGUGGUGGAGGAACUUAUUGACUUCAAAAUUUCUGGAAUUUUGUUUUCCCUAUGAGCAUCACAUUCAAUUAAUCAUGCUAGAGGCAAUUAGUACCAAAAUUAACUGUUUUUAUUUGUUGGAUCAAAUUGUUCUAUUUUUAGUAUAAAAUUUAUUUUCUUUCAUUU